CUUACCCACCCUUUUUUUAUUUAUUUUUUGUUGUUUUUAUUAGAUUCUGGUAGUAAUGAUAAUACUGAAAAUAACCAACCUUGUUCUCCCGUUCUAAAUAUAAUGAAUGAUCAAAAUGAACAAUCCACAUCAACUGGUUCUACAGGUAGUAAUGACAUUACUGAAAAUGUGAAAAAUAACCAACCUUGUUCUUCUAUUCUGGAUAUAACGAAUGAUCAAAAUGAACAAUCUACACCAACUGGUUCUACAGGUAGUAAUGACAUUACUGAAAAUAUGGAAAAUAAUCAACCUUGUUCUUCUAUUCUGGAUAUAACGAAUGAUCAAAAUGAACAAUCUACACCAACUGGUUCUACAGGUAGUAAUGACAUUACUGAAAAUGUGGAAAAUAACCAACCUUGUUCUUCUAUUCUGGAUAUAAUGAAUGAUCAAAAUGAACAAUCUACACCAACUGGUAAGAAUAUCAUACAAUUAUAUUAUAUUGAUACAAUUUGUAAUUUAAAUCUGAAUAUUUUCAUUUAGGUUCUACAGGUAGUAAUGACAUUACUGAAAAUGUGGAAAAUAACCAACCUUGUUCUUCUAUUCUGGAUAUAAUGAAUGAUCAAAAUGAACAAUCUACACCAACUGGUAAGAAUAUCAUACAAUUAUAUUAUAUUGAUACAAUUUGUAAUUUAAAUCUGAAUAUUUUCAUUUAGGUUCUACAGGUAGUAAUGACAUUACUGAAAAUGUGGAAAAUAACCAACCUUGUUCUUCUAUUCUGGAUAUAAUGAAUGAUCAAAAUGA